GCUUCCAAAGGCUAAAGUGUAUGUGAGCCUCGUCUUGUAAAAAAGAUCAUUGAAAGCAUCGCGCAAGUUUACAAGCUAAUCUUUAAGGGCUAGGUGACAACAUAAUUAAUUACCCUUAUUCCUGUUUUCGAUCCAGUACGUAAAAUGCCUAUAAAAGUAGGUAUGACGUCGAAGGGUAAAGGGACUGAACUGCAAAUAACAUUUGAUAUUCUAUGCACUGGAGGACACAAUAAUUAUGAAACUGAAAUUUCUGUUAAUAAUCUGGUAGGAAUUAAAUUUCUCUUCAAACAAGAUGACGGUAGCGGGAUACAAACUCAAUACCUUGCUAGAAAACUUGAAAAAGCCAUUGAAUAUACUGUUAAAAUAAAAGUUAAUAAUUUCGACGAGAAGAUUUGUUCAGACAAACCAAAUUGGGAAGUUAUUGGUGAUACAUACGCAAAUACAAGUAUAAUUGAAAAUUGCCGCUCACGAUCUCCAAAAGAUGCAUUUGGUUUUCAUCUUGAUGUUACUAUAAAGGCGUUCAAGGUUGAGGCUACAAUUUACAAGAAACUAUGUGAUGACACUGAGUUCACUGACUUCCAACUGACCACUACAGAUGGCAGUCUGGCCAUCCACAAAGCAAUCCUUGCUGCACACAGUGACGUUUUCAAAGCAAUGCUUUGUCGAGAAUGGAAGGAGACAAAUGAAGGCCGUAUACAGAUGUCAGGCGUCUCACUCCAGACCCUACAGCACUUAAAAGACUACAUGUACAUGGGAACUCUGCCCGCUGAUGAACUACUACUACCGUUGCUGUCCAUCGCUUCAUGCUACAUGAUCACAGAACUUAGAAAUGAAUGCAUAUCAAAGCUGACUCAGAUUAUUAAACCAGAAAAUUUGUAUGAUUUUUUGGAAUACUCCAUUGAAAAUAAAAUACCUGAACUGACAUUUGCUAUAAUGAGGGCGACCUCUGAGGGUGUUCUUCAAAAUGCGGAAAAAGCAUUAUUGGAAAAGCGUAGCAAGGAAGAAAUAAAGGGAGAAUAACUUGUUUUACUAUAAGUAAUUUGGGUACCCCUGAUUGCGGGAGAUAUAUAUAAUAUUUUUUCUUGUUGCUACAUUAGUUACAUUA